GUUUGUAAAUACACUAAAAAAAAAUGUCAACGAAUACUGUGAAAAUGCUUUAAUAAAGAAAUAUUGAUAUAGAAGUAUCUUGUUUUGAAGAUAAAUUACAAAUAUCGCCAUCGAAAUAAAAUAAAGAAAAUUCACAUCUAAGUAAAUCUAAAACUUGUGAAAUGAGUGAUCUUGUUAGAUUACUUCAUAAGGUGGAUAUUGAGAGUUGUUAAUAAGGAGGUAAAAUAAAUAAAUAAAUGUAUAGAUUAAAUGGAAUAGGAAGAGUAGAGUACUCCUAAGAAAUAAAUAUAAUAAGGAAAAACCUGUAGAUAUAUUCCUUUAAGAAGUGGAUAAAAGUAGAAUUUGAAUGAAGAAUUUUAAUAUAGAGAGAUUGAAGAGGAGAAUUAAGAACCAUAGAAAGGAAGUGAUUAUAAAGAUAAAGGGAAUGUUACUUUGAAAGAUAUUUAUAAGAUGCAUGUUUUUGGUCAUAAUUUACAGAAUGAAUAACUAAAUUGGGAAUCAAAGAAUUUAUUACAUUUUGAUGAUUAAACUCCAUAAAAGCGUAAAAUAUUAUCGGAUAUAAACCCAGGAGUUUUGGAAACCUAUAAUAAUUUAUUAGAUUAUAGAGAGUAAUUUUAGAAUAGUUAAGAUUAUUCAUACAGUUAAAGAAAGAUAAGUAAAGUACCAUUUAAAGUAUUGGAUGCUCCUUAAUUAUAAGAUGAUUUCUAUUUAAAUUUAAUAGAUUGGAGUUCUUAGAAUGUUUUAUCAGUAGCAUUAUCUUCAUGUGUAUAUUUAUGGUCAGCAUAUAAUAAUAGAGUAACUAAGUUUUGUGAUUUUGGUAAUAAUGAUAUGGUUUGUUCAUUAAUAUGGAAUCCAUAAGGAAAUUAAUUAGCAAUAGGGACUGGUUCAGGAGAAGUGCAUAUAUAUGAUUAGGAGAAGAUGAAGAAAAUAUAAAUAUUAGAUGGACAUUCUGCAAGAGUUGGAUCAUUAGCAUGGAGUGGGAAUGUAUUUAAUUAAUAAUAUAUAUAAAUAAGACUCUUUGUUCAGGUUCAAAAGAUAGAUCAAUAAUAUUACAUGAUCCAAGAUAAAAAAGAUAGUCUGGUAAAUUUGAAGGUCAUAAAUAAGAAGUUUGUGGUUUGAAAUGGUCACCAGAUGAAUAUUAAUUAGCUUCAGGAGGAAAUGAUAAUAAAUUAUUUGUUUGGAGAAUGGGUUCAUAGAUUCCAUUAGCUAAAUUUAAUUAACAUUAAGCAGCUGUUAAAGCUAUUGCUUGGUCUCCACAUAGACAUGGUUUAUUAUCAUCAGGUGGAGGAACUGCUGAUAGAACUAUUAGAUUUUUUAAUACUCUUACUACUUNGAAUAGGAAGAGUAGAGUACUCCUAAGAAAUAAAUAUAAUAAGGAAAAACCUGUAGAUAUAUUCCUUUAAGAAGUGGAUAAAAGUAGAAUUUGAAUGAAGAAUUUUAAUAUAGAGAGAUUGAAGAGGAGAAUUAAGAACCAUAGAAAGGAAGUGAUUAUAAAGAUAAAGGGAAUGUUACUUUGAAAGAUAUUUAUAAGAUGCAUGUUUUUGGUCAUAAUUUACAGAAUGAAUAACUAAAUUGGGAAUCAAAGAAUUUAUUACAUUUUGAUGAUUAAACUCCAUAAAAGCGUAAAAUAUUAUCGGAUAUAAACCCAGGAGUUUUGGAAACCUAUAAUAAUUUAUUAGAUUAUAGAGAGUAAUUUUAGAAUAGUUAAGAUUAUUCAUACAGUUAAAGAAAGAUAAGUAAAGUACCAUUUAAAGUAUUGGAUGCUCCUUAAUUAUAAGAUGAUUUCUAUUUAAAUUUAAUAGAUUGGAGUUCUUAGAAUGUUUUAUCAGUAGCAUUAUCUUCAUGUGUAUAUUUAUGGUCAGCAUAUAAUAAUAGAGUAACUAAGUUUUGUGAUUUUGGUAAUAAUGAUAUGGUUUGUUCAUUAAUAUGGAAUCCAUAAGGAAAUUAAUUAGCAAUAGGGACUGGUUCAGGAGAAGUGCAUAUAUAUGAUUAGGAGAAGAUGAAGAAAAUAUAAAUAUUAGAUGGACAUUCUGCAAGAGUUGGAUCAUUAGCAUGGAGUGGGAAUGUAUUUAAUUAAUAAUAUAUAUAAAUAAGACUCUUUGUUCAGGUUCAAAAGAUAGAUCAAUAAUAUUACAUGAUCCAAGAUAAAAAAGAUAGUCUGGUAAAUUUGAAGGUCAUAAAUAAGAAGUUUGUGGAUUGAAAUGGUCACCAGAUGAAUAUUAAUUAGCUUCAGGAGGAAAUGAUAAUAAAUUAUUUGUUUGGAGAAUGGGUUCAUAGAUUCCAUUAGCUAAAUUUAAUUAACAUUAAGCAGCUGUUAAAGCUAUUGCUUGGUCUCCACAUAGACAUGGUUUAUUAUCAUCAGGUGGAGGAACUGCUGAUAGAACUAUUAGAUUUUUUAAUACUCUUACUACUUAAUAAUUAGAUUGGAUAGAUACUGGAUCAUAAGUUUGUAAUUUGAUGUUUAGUAAAAAUGUUAAUGAAUUUGUAUCAACUCAUGGUUAUAGUAUGAAUUAAAUUGUUUGUUGGAAAUAUCCUGCUUUAUAAAAAGUAUAUUAUUAAUAUUCAUUAUUCUAGGUAACUACUUUAAUGGGUCAUACUUCUAGAGUACUAUUUUUAGCAAUGUCUCCAGAUGGUGAAACUAUUGUAACUGGAGCUGGAGAUGAAACUUUAAGAUUUUGGAAUGCUUUCCCAAAAAAAGAAUAAUCUUAACCCAUUAAUACUGUUUUACUACCUUAGAUGAUUAGAUGA